AUGCCGGGAUCAACUAGCCGAGACUCGCAUCCUCGGUUGUCAUCCGCAGACAUCGUCGCGGUGACGACCGAGAUGCGUCUACGACAACAGGGACGAAAGAAUCGAGCUGCGAAAGGCAAGGACGACUCGGAUGACGCCAAGCGGGAGCUUGUCAUGGAAGAGCACAAACAGAGUCCGGCCGAGAUUUUUGCAGAUCUGGGGUCCGACCCAGUGAACGGUAUGACCCAACACGAUGUUCAGGGUCGUCUUGAAUCGGAGGGAUUGAAUCGAUUAACCCCACCGAAGCAAACGCCGGAAAUUAUCAAGUACAUUCGUGAACUGACGGGCCUGUUCAGUCUGUUACUGUGGGUCGGCGGCGCUCUGUGUAUCAUCAUUUAUGGACUGCAGGGUGACCCCAACAAUCUGUACCUUGGUAUCGUGCUGUUUUUGGUUGUGGUCAUCACUGGUACAUUCUCGUACUUUCAGAACGCGAAGUCCUCAAACCUGAUGGAAUCAUUCAAGCAAAUGAUGCCUACAGUCACGACGGUGAUCCGAGAGGGCAAGUCUCAGAAGAUCGAGGCAUCUCAGCUGGUUCGUGGAGAUAUUAUCCUUCUCAAGGGUGGCGACAAGGUUCCUGCCGAUAUUCGCGUGCUGGAAUGCUCCGAUGAUCUCACAGUAGACAACUCGUGUCUGACUGGCGAACCAGAGCCGUUGAAGCGAGUUCCUGACUGCACGGACGAAAACCCUUUGGAAACCAAGAACUUGUGCUUCUUUGGUACCUUUAUCCCCCAAGGUUCCGGCAAGGGUGUGGUGGUUCGUGUGGGGGACAAGACUGUCAUGGGUCGUAUCGCUAAGUUAGCAACUACGACUGGACAAAGCAUGACGCCGAUCGCACGUGAGAUUAAUCAUUUCGUCCACAUCAUCGCGGUAGUCGCCGUGGUUAUUGGUGUCAUCUUCUUCAUCAUCGGCAUCUUCCUCAAGACCGAUAUCGUCACCAACGUGGUGUUCAUGAUCGGUAUCAUCGUUGCAAAUGUCCCUGAAGGGCUGCUAGCUACAGUGACUGUGUGUUUGAGUCUUGCUGCGAACCGGAUGGCGCACAAGUCGGUCCUCGUGAAGAACUUGGAAGGUGUUGAGACGCUGGGCUCCACGAGCUGCAUCUGCUCGGAUAAAACAGGCACGCUCACACAGAACGUCAUGACGGUCGCUCAUGUCGUCUACGACAACAAAAUCUUCGACGCCGAAUGUUCCAUCACCCCAGUAGGGAAUUACGACCUCAACUCUCCUUCAUUCAAAGCGCUACAGCGCUGCGCCACGCUGUGCAACAACGCUGUCUUUGACGAAGAUUCAAAGUAUGAGAAAGCGGUUGGUCCUGAUGGUUUGGCUGCACGUGGGAAACGCAAACCAUUCAAGGAGACAGUGUCGAUGGGCAACGGAUCGACCAUGGAGAAGGUGGCGUGGGAUACAAUCGGCGAUGCAUCGGAGUCUGCUAUGAUCAAGUUCUGUCACGACAAGAAGGAUAUCAUUGAAUUUCGCGAGGAAAACCUUAAGAUCAAGGAAGUUCUGUUCAACUCGAAGAACAAGUACCAGUUGUCUCUACACAAACAAGACAACGAUGAUAGUAAACCGCUUUUGAUGGUGAUGAAGGGCGCGCCUGAACGAAUUACCGCUCGCUGUGGAACGGUGUUUAUUAACGGCGAGGAAGUCCCAAUGACCCCCGAACGUCUUGCUGAAGUGGAGGCCGCUCAGCUCGCUCUGUCCAAGAAGGGCAUGCGUGUGCUCGGAUUUGCUCAAAAGAUCCUUGAUCCAGCUAUUUACCCGGCAGACUACGAGUUCAGCACCGACAACCCGAACUUCCCACUUGGUGAGAAGAACGUUGACUACGAGGCGACGCCAAAGCCCGACCCGAAGGUGGAGGAACCGUUGUGCUUCAUUGGUUUGAUGGCGUUGAUUGAUCCACCGCGUCCUGAGGUUCCUAUUGCUGUGGCGAAGUGCAAGACAGCAGGAAUUCGUGUGAUCAUGGUCACUGGCGAUCACCCGAUCACUGCGAAGGCCAUCGCACACAAAGUCGGAAUUCUGUGGGGCCCCACUUGUGAAGACAUCGAAGAAGAAAACACCGAACGUGGUCUCAGUGAAGGUGAUAAUGGAUGGAUUGAUCCGAAGACUGCUCCGGCCAUUGUCGUUCCCGGAUGGACAAUUAGUUUGGACACCCCGCAAGAAGAAUGGGAUCGCAUCCUGGACCACAGGCAGAUCGUGUUCGCGCGAACGUCUCCGCAGCAGAAGCUGAUCAUCGUAGAGAACUGUCAACGUCGCAAGGAGAUUGUCGCAGUGACUGGAGAUGGUGUGAAUGACUCGCCAGCAUUGAAGAAGGCUGACAUUGGUAUCGCAAUGGGUAUCAUGGGCUCUGCUGUGUCCAAGGAGGCGGCCGAUAUGAUCCUGCUGGAUGACAACUUUGCCUCGAUCGUGUGCGGAGUUGAAGAAGGACGAAUCAUCUUUGACAAUUUGAAGAAAUCGAUUGCGUAUGCCCUGGCUGCUAAUAUCCCGGAGCUGGUGCCGUUCUUGUUGUACGCUACUGUUCGGCUUCCGCUACCGCUUACGACUGUGCUGAUGCUUCUUAUUUGCCUGGGGACUGAUAUGAUCCCUUCGAUCGCUAUGGCGUACGAAGGCGCUGAAAACGACAUCAUGCUGCGUGCUCCUCGCAAUGCUGAAGUGGAGCAUCUAGUGACCAAGAAGUUGGUUUUCUUCGCGUAUGCAUUGGUUGGUAUCAUCGAGGCUGGUGCAGGUAUGUUUACUUUCUUGGCUGUGAUGAAUGACUACGGCUACGUACCCAGGAUUCUGCCCAACCUCGGCUUCUAUGAUCGCUUCGGAAAGCAGGUCCUAUGGUGCCAAACGGAAGGUGGUCGCUACUGCACUGCUGGUGGCAAAUACAAGAAAGAUGGCAAGCUUAUCCCGCUAGGAGCUACCACUGGAAACGAGAAAGGUGUCCCUGACUGCCAAGACGAGUACAACGAUACCAUCCCAACCGGAGGCGAUAUUUUUGAUGCGCACAUUUUCUUCGACGCGACCGGAGGUGGCAAGGUCAUCGACUGCCAAUUCCCACUGCAGAACCUCGAUACUGAGGCUUCCAAGCCGGAUGGCUACGAGAGAACAGAUCCCAAGACUUACGCAGACUAUACCUCGACACCUUUCGUCACAUUCCAGUCUAUGGAGUCAGCAUGGAAGAAUGAAUACCGUCCGUACUACCCGAUGGCUUCACGACGCUCAUCAUUCUUCGACAUGGAGUGGUUCGACUACGAAACGACUCAGACCGGUCCUCCAGGCUUAGUGGACAGCAUUUCACAGGAUAUUUUCAGUACCUUCCAGCCUCUAUCUGUUUGGGCUAUUACUGACAGCGCGACCUUAGGAGGUGAGGUUUCAGCCCUCGGCGGAGCUCGCGAUGCCUUCGGUGAUACAGAGGUGACUGCCGUGGAUGGAACUGGUAAGCUAACAACCACCAAGUUCUCACUAUCAGCCGACAAGUCUUACAAAGUGGGAAAGAGUUUCGAGAAAAUAAAAAAGUCUGAUGGAACAGCCCCGUGCAGUGGGAAGCAGUGUCUGCUGGACUACCAUGCUGGAUUCACUCGUCGUGACACAGACGGCAAGGCGUACGUGAACAUCAUGUCACGCAUGAUGCAGUACAGUGCGCUAUCUAUUGCUCAGACUGCCUACUUCGUUGCUGUCGUGGAGAUGCAAUGGGCCAACGUCAUGAUCUGCAAAACGCGCUAUCUGUCUAUCGUGUCUCAGGGAAUGAUGAACAGCGUGCUCAACUUCGGUCUGAUGUUCGAGUUCAUGCUAAGCGCCGUCAUUGCGUAUGCGGGCUUCACACACACUGUGCUCGACACAGAGAGCAUUCGUUUAGUGCACUGGUUCCCUGCGCUGCCGUUCUCCAUGUUCCUCUUCUUGCUGGACGAAGGGCGAAAGUUCCUCAUGCGAUCAACAUCCCGUAGCGUCAUCCGCAAGGACACGGGUCAAAUGAUCCGCUAUCCAGGCUGGCUCGAGGUAAACACGUACUAUUAG